AUGAUCAUUUCAUUCUGGAAUGUAAGAAGAUUGAAUAAUCCUCUAAAACAAGGCCAAGUCCUUCGAAGGGCAGCCCAGAAUAAUGUAGAUAUUCUCUGUUUGUUGGAAACUAGAGUGAAAGCUGAAAAAUCAGCAAAUAUUUUAGCUACUUCUUUUGAGAAUUGGAAUGUUCUCACCAACUAUGAAUUUGCAGUGAAUGGUAGAAUUUGGUUUCUAUGGAGGAAUGGACUGGAUUUCUCCUUAUGCAAUGCAACAGAUCAGAGUAUCACUGUCAAAGGUCGGUUUAAAAAUGUUCCUUUCAUCAUCACCGCAAUUUAUGGUAGUAAUAACGGUAUUACUAGAAGACAGCUUUGGCAAGAACUCCGGCAUCUCGAUUCAAAUUUCAGUGAUAUACCUUGGCUCUUGGGAGGGGAUUUUAAUGUCAUCUUGAACAAUUACAAAAGCAAUGACCAAGAGUUUACGGGUAUGUUCACUUCUUCUGAUAUGCUAGAUUUUCAAGAAAUCAUUCAGGACUUACAGUUACAUGAUCACCCUUACUUUGGUCCUACUUUCUCUUGGAGCAACAAACAAAUGGUUGAUCUUCACAAAGAGGCUCAUUCUAAUAAGCCCAAACCCUUCAAAUUUUUCAACUGUUGGACACUUCAUCCCGGGUUUCUAAAUAUUGUUAGUCAAUCAUGGAGUUUGGCAGCUCAAGGCAAUCCUAUGAAGUCUUUAUUCUUAAAGCUUAAGCGCCUCAAAGUUAGCCUUAAACAGCUCAAUAAAGACUACUUCAGUGACAUCAAAGCCCGAAGAGAGCUCAAAUCUUUACAAGAAGUUGAGGCAAUGUUCUUAAAACAAAAAGCUAAAUUGCAUUGGCUUAAGGAGGGUGACAAAUGCACAAAGUUAUUUCACUCGAUCAUUGCUACUAAGAACAAGAGACAGACUAUAAGGCAUAUUCCUUCUUUUGAAGAAUCCGAAACUUUUGUCAAGGAAGUUACUAGUGAUGAGAUCAGAGAAGUUAUUUUCAGUCAAGGUAAUGACAAGGCCCCCGGUCCCGACGGAUUUACUGCUCUCUUUUUCAAGAAAGCUUGGCCAGUGGUUGGCAAUGAUUUUAUUAAGGCUAUUAAGUAUUUCUUUCAAGAAUCUUAUAUCUAUCCAGCCUUUAACGCAACCGUUAUUGCUUUGAUUCCAAAAAAGUCGAAUCCUAGCAAAGUUUCUGUCUUCCGCCCAAUUUCAUGUUGUUCUGUUAUUUAUAAGACCAACACAAAGAUUAUUGUCAACAUAAUUACGAAUUUGCUGCCAAGUAUAGUUGACAAUACUCUUCUCGCUCAGGAAAUUGUUAAAGGAUAUGGGAGGAAGAACAUUUCGCCUAGAUGUGCACUUAAAAUUGAUCUUCAAAAGGCUUUCGACUCCAUCAAUUGGGACUUCAUUCAGGCUGUUCUUAAAGCUUUGGAUUUACCUCCUUUAGUCAUUGCAUGGAUUGUAUCUUGCUAUACGGAUGCUAGAUAUUCUAUUUCUCUCAAUGGAAGCUUGGUUGGAUAUUUCAAGGGAGCCAAGGGAAUCAGACAAGGAGACCCUCUAUCCCCUACGUUGUUCGUUCUGGUAAUGAAUGUCCUUUCUAAUAUUCUCAAUAAUGUUGCUAUCAGAGGGAUUUUUACCUUUCAUCCUAAAUGCAAAAAAAGUGGACUUACUCACUUGUCAUUUGCUGAUGAUUUAUUAAUCUUUUGCAAAGGAAAUCUUGAGUCUAUUAUGGGUGUCAUUACUGUGUUGGACUGUUUCUAUGAGUUCUCAGGGCAGCUUAUAUUGCCUCAGUCCAUUAUCAAGAAGAUUGAACAAUUAUGCUCCAGAUUUUUCUGGAAAGGCUCGGACAUUCCUGUAUCUGGUGCAAGGGUGAGUUGGGGGAACAUCUGUAAGCCUAAAUCCGAAGGAGGCCUCGGACUAAAGGAUCUCAAGACCUGGAAUAAGGCUUGCCUAAUUCAUCUUACCAGGAAACUACUCGCGGGGGAAGGCUCUCUAUGGGUUGCGUGGAUCCAUAACUAUAUUAUUAAGCAACAAGAUUUCUUUACCAUGGAUGAAUACCCGAGUGCUACUUGGUCCUUCAGGCGAAUGCAGAAACUCAGCAGUGCUGCUCAAUCACUUCCGAUCACAACAACAAAAAGUACAAAAGAAAUCUGGGAAGUGAUCCGUCAUAAAGAUACUAAAGUUCAUUAG